AUGCUUUCAGAACCACAUUACGAUUUUUACCAAGACAGAAAAGUGUCGCUAGUGCUAGCUCCAUUCUCCGGUGGACAAGCCAAGUCCGGUGUCGAAGACGGCCCCAAAUACAUGAUGAAGCACGGGCUUCAGCCACAACUUCAGGAGAUGGGAUGGUCCACUAAAGUUGAAGAGCCCCUCAGUGGCCAGGACUUCGAGAAGCGCAAGGCCGAAGACGUUUCGGACGUGCACGGUAACACAAAGAGACCGCAACUGGUGGGCGAAGCCACCAAGCUGGUCAGCGAGUCUGUCUCGAAGGUGCUUGACAGAGGCGAAAUCCCAGUCACAUUGGGAGGUGACCACUCCGUGGCCAUCGGGUCUGUCUCCGCCGUUUUCAGCAAGCACCCCGAUGCGUGCCUGCUGUGGAUCGAUGCGCAUGCAGACAUCAACACGCCCUCGACCACCGAGUCCGGUAACUUGCACGGGUGUCCUGUGUCGUUUGUGAUGGGACUCGACAGCGAGAACACGCCUCCAAGCUUGAAGUGGGUGCCCCACUGCCUGAAGCCAAGCAAGAUCGCGUACAUCGGUCUGCGAGACGUGGACGCUGGUGAAAAGAAGAUCCUCAAGGAAAACGGCAUCGCUGCCUUCUCGAUGUACCACGUGGACCGUUUCGGAAUCAACAAGGUGAUCGAGAUGGCGUUGGAGGCCAUCAACCCAGAGGGAACCAGCCCCAUCAUGCUUUCAUACGACGUCGACGCUAUCGACCCUCUAUUUGUGCCUGCCACCGGUACCCCAGUGAGAGGCGGUCUUACGUUGAGAGAGGGCCUAUUCGUGGCCGAGAGAGUGGCCGAGACCGGUAAGCUAAUCGCACUCGACGUGGUGGAGUGUAACCCGGAGUUGGCCAGCAAAGAUUUGCACGUCGUGGACACCAUUUCCACAGGUUGCGCGAUCGUACGUUGCGCGUUGGGAGAGACCCUACUGUAA